AUGCACGAGAAUGAAAAUCGACGACGUUUCCUAGUGUUACCGGCGUCCGUUCAACCGAUUUCUCACGCCUGCGGAGCGUUUCCUCGCACGAAAAUAGGUUCUUCACUCUCAUCAAGAGCGCUUUGCUUUAUCGGCAGUGGAUCAUCAGAAGAAGAUUCAGAAAGGAUGUCUUCGAUUGCGAAUGGUUCUGCGGUGGUCCUUCCAAAAGGACAACACAAGGCCACUGUAAUUUUCCUUCACGGACUUGGCGAUCAAGGCGAUGGCUGGGCGGACAUGUUCAAAUCCGAUAUGCGAUCGGACCAUAUCAAAUUCAUUUGCCCGCAUAGCGCUUCGCGUCCAGUAACACUUAAUAUGGGCAUGAGAAUGCCGGCAUGGUACGAUUUGUAUGGUCUCGACGCAGCUUCAAAAGAAGACGACGAAGGCAUCGCCGCCGCCGCAAAAUACGUGCACGAUCUUAUUGAUUCAGAGAUUUCUUCUGGAAUUCCGUCGGAAAAAAUCGCUGUUGGCGGAUUCUCGAUGGGCGGCGCAUUGGCGAUCUACUCCGGAUUGACCUAUCCGCAAAAACUUGGAGCUAUCGUUGGAUUGAGUUCGUUCUUUUUGCAAAGAAGCAAAUUCCCUGGAAAUUAUUCUGCCAACCUUCAAACACCAAUCUUCCUUGGGCAUGGUACGAUGGACUUUUUGGUUCCGCUUCCAAUUGGUCAGCUUUCGCAGACUCUUAUCAAAAAAUUCAAUCCGAAUGUCGAACUUCGGACUUAUCCGAUGGCUCAUUCGAGCUGCCCACAGGAAAUUAAUGACUUGAAGACAUUCCUUGAUUCAAAGCUUCUAUAA